UUUUUUAUCUUUGGAAUUUGGAAUCCGAAGAAUUCAAUGGAGGAAGCAGCCAAGAGGUAUUUGGAGAAAAAGGAGAAUGAGUUUGACAUUGAAACAGUUCCCAGAAGAUUGUUUGAGGUUUUGGUGAGUCAAGGUUACCAUCUCCAUCUUAUUGAGCCAGGUCGUAUUAUAUGUUCUCUCACAGUCCCAACUCGUCUCCUGAAGGGUGAUAAUUCCCUACACGGUGGUGCAACGGCGACUAUGGUGGAUUUGAUUGGUUCAGCUGUGUUGUAUACCCAUGGAGUUCCAGCUAGUGGGGUCUCUGUGGAGAUCAAUAUAUCUUACUUGGAUUCUGCUUAUGCUGGUGAGGAAAUUGAGGUGGAGGCCAAGACUUUGCUCCUUGGGAAAGCAAUUGGUGUUGUGAGUGUGGAGCUUAGGAAGAAAAAUACAGGCAAAAUUAUUGCUCAUGGAAGGCAUUCUAAGUACCUUGUUGGCUCUAGUAAAAUGUGAAAAUUCACCCUCAUCAUAAUAAUAAUAAUGAUGUUAUAUUGUAAUUAUGUUAUGUUAAUCUUUGGGUUUAAUACACUACUAUUACUACAACUUCGAAGCCCACUUAAUACAUUGAUUGAUUUAUUAGUAGAGAAAUGUUAAAAAAGGACACACAGGUGCCUACUAAUGUUCUUGUA